AUGAGAAUUGUGGGUCAUGACGAAUACAGCAGUGAUCUAACCGCAACAAAACAACUGUAAUCAGCAUAGUAGCACAUUAUUUUACUUUCUUUUUGGCGCAUUUGCCCGGAAUACUAAUGGCUUUUGAAGAAAAAUAAAAUAAUUCGAUUAUCAAACAAUUUUUUCGAACACUUUGUUUUAGUCGUCGUUUUGCAAUUGUCGAUUCAAGUACUUGAAAAUCAUCAAAAAUGCAGCUAAAAAUUACAUUUUUGGUCCUUUUUCUUACCUUUCUCAACGAAUCACGUGCCAUCCUCAAUAUCGACACAUCAAACGUUGAUCCAAAUUUCAAGUAUUUCCGGUAUCCAACUACCACGCCAGGUCCCAUAAUUUUCCUGCGGAAUCAGAAUUAUUAUUUGAGACCGAAACCGAAACAGCCAGAUAAUAAAUUGGUAGCAACUUAUAAAAAGGCAAAGGCAGCUUAUGAUUAUUUUGUGCAAGUUUUGUCGGGAGAUCCGCUCGCCAAUCAGAGAAUGAAUUUUGUCUUUGAUCCGAAUGCGGCGAAGAAAAAUAGUGAAAAGUUUCAAGAAUUCUAUGGAAAAUACGGGGAGAGAUUGAUAGAAUUAAUUGGUCAAGGGAAGCCUUUGGAAGAGUUGAAAUAUUACGGAGCUGUGCCAAAAAAUCAGUACUUUUUGUGA